AUGGUGCACAUCCUUGGUACCUUGCUGCCAGAGAAGCAGCUGGUCAAGUUUGCCUUGACCCAUUUCUACGGCGUUGGACACCUCACCGCCGCUAGGCUCUGUGCUCGUACUCAAAUACAUGAUAGGUGCAAGAUUCGCGAGCUCACACCCUCGCAAAUUACUAGCUUAACGGGCUUCCUCUCGUCGCCAUCUACCGCAUCCACCUUACCGCACUUUCCGCUCGCGACGCCGGAUUACGUCCCUCCACGGCUGUCAGAACCGAUUCCCGCCGCUCCACGGCGACCUACGACUGUGGAUGCUUCCAACCCGGAGAAGGAGCUCCCCGGCGAUAAGCUGAGAGGCCUCAGGAUUGGGGCAGAGCUGCGCAGGGAUAUCAGGGACAACAUCGCACAUUUGCGUAACAUUGGGAGUUACGUGGGUCUGCGGCACGCCCUGGGAUUCCCCGUCAGGGGCCAGAGAUCAAGACCCAACGCGCACACGGCGAGGAAGCUCAACAGGGUCGUGCGGUACGCAUAG